AUGUUCAAACUGAUAACAGUAUUUGGCGCAACUGGCAUGCAAGGAACCUCUGUGAUUAACCACAUCCUCGACGACCCGCAUCUGCGCGAAGAAUUCCGCAUUAGGGGCGUCACUCGCGACAUAACCAAGUCCGCAGCUAAGGCACUUCUCAACCGUAACAUCGAUAUUGUUACUGCAGACCUCAACAUCGCAAGCACCAUCAUUCCAGCCAUCCGUGACAGCCACACCCUCUUCCUAGUGACAGACUACUGGGCACACCAAGACCCAAAUACCGAGUUCGAACAGGGCAAGAAUGUAAUCGAUGUCGCGAAAGCCGCGGGCGUGAAACACGUGAUAUUUUCUUCCCUGGACAGUGCUAUAUGGCAGACAGACGGGAGGUAUAAGUAUGUGGGCCAUCGGGAGGGGAAGGCUAGGGUGGAAGAAUAUAGACGUGCGUCCGGGAUGGCGUGGACUUCUGUGCUUGUGGGGUAUUAUAUGAGUAAUUUUCUAGGGUUGGUUGAGAGGGUAUUCUGUGGGGAGGGGGAGGAGUAUCGGCUUCGGUAUCCGUUUGAGGGAAGGAGGGCUGUUUUGCCUUUGGUGGAUGCUGAGAGGGAUGUUGGGGUAUUUGUGGGCGCAGCUUUGAAAGAUCCAGAUGGCUUUGCUGGCCGUCGAGUCCUUGCCGCAGAUCGGUAUUACUCGGCUCAGGAGGUCAUGGAGACAUUCUGUUGUGUUACAGGAAAGCAAGGGGUGUUUCGUCAGGCGACACCGAAGGAGUUUAGGGAUCUGGCGCCUGAAGGCUGUGGGCUGGAGUAUAUGGAGACUCACAAGAUGAUUGAUGAGUAUGGGUAUUUCAUGGGAGGGGUGGGGGAGUUGAAUGAGAGUUUGCAGUUAGUGCAGGGUAGUACUUCUUCGUUGACUGAAUACUUUCGACGAGUAUCGAGUCAUUGGGACUGA